AUGGCGACGUUAAUCAGAAGCAAGAUUUCUAAUAAACUGUCUAAUGCAGCCACCGCUGUUUCCAACAAAUCCCAGGCGAAGGUGAGCGGGAUGUUCGCCAAGAUGGGGUUCCAGGCCGCCACCGACGAGGAGGCUCUGGGCUUCGCCGCCUGCGAUGACCUGGACUACGACCACCGGCAAGGCAUGCAGAUGGACAUUUUGACAUCCGAUGAGGUGGGAGGAGAGGGGAGCGGGGACGGAGGCGUGUUGGAGGGGGACAGCCACUACCAGAGGGACGGCACCGGUCCACCGCACUCAGCCUCCAAAGACGGAGGCUCGCCGAACGAGUUGUCCGAAGUGAGACCAAAAAUCACCGCUUGGGAGGCGGGCUGGAACGUCACGAACGCCAUCCAGGGGAUGUUCGUUCUUGGGUUGCCCUACGCCAUCCUGCACGGAGGAUACCUUGGACUCUUUCUCAUUAUUUUCGCCGCCGUGGUGUGCUGUUACACGGGCAAAAUCCUCAUUUCCUGCCUGUACGAGGAGGACGAAGACGGGCAGCUCGUCCGUGUGAGGGACUCCUAUGUGGACAUUGCCAACGCCUGCUGCGCGCCCAGAUUCCCGUCUUUAGGUGGCCAUAUCGUGAAUGUAGCCCAAAUCAUAGAGCUAGUCAUGACUUGCAUCCUGUACGUGGUGGUCAGCGGUAAUCUCUUGUACAACAGCUUCCCCAACAUGCCAGUUUCCCAGAAGUCGUGGGCCAUCAUCGCCACCGCCGCCCUGCUCCCCUGCGCCUUCCUCAAGAACCUGAAAGCCGUCUCCAAGUUCAGCCUUCUGUGCACGAUGGCCCACUUUGUCAUCAACGUUCUGGUGAUAGCUUACUGCCUCUCCAGGGCGAGGGACUGGGCCUGGGACAAGGUCAAGUUUUACAUCGAUGUCAAGAAGUUCCCCAUCUCCAUUGGGAUUAUCGUGUUCAGCUACACCUCGCAGAUCUUCCUGCCGUCCCUGGAGGGGAACAUGCAGAAGCCGAGCGAGUUCCACUGCAUGAUGAACUGGACUCACAUCGCUGCCUGCAUUCUCAAGGGCCUGUUCGCCCUGGUGGCCUACUUGACCUGGGCUGACGAAACCAAGGAGGUCAUCACAGACAACCUGCCCCCAACCAUCCGAGCUGUCGUCAAUAUCUUCCUCGUGGCCAAAGCUUUGCUGUCGUAUCCGCUGCCGUUUUUCGCCGCCGUCGAGGUAUUAGAGAAAUCGUUUUUCCAGGACGGGGGACGUGCCUACUUUCCAGAUUGCUACGGAGGCGACGGACGCCUAAAAUCCUGGGGACUCACUCUCCGAUGUACCCUUGUUGUGUUCACCUUGCUCAUGGCGAUCUAUGUGCCACAUUUCGCUCUCCUCAUGGGUCUCACCGGCAGCCUAACAGGCGCGGGCCUGUGCUUUCUGCUUCCCAGUCUCUUCCACCUCAAGCUUUUAUGGAGAAAGCUGCUUUGGCACCAGGUUUUCUUCGACGUCGCCAUCUUUGUAAUAGGAGGUAUAUGCAGCAUAUCUGGUUUUAUCCACUCGAUGGAGGGGCUCAUAGAGGCUUUCAAGUAUAACAUAGAAGAUUAG